CAUUACGGACCACUUUACAGGAGUUUUCCAGGAUUAACACAUGACUUGCCACAACAUGUUGUUGCCGAGAGGAACCGAAAGUUAUCCAACCAGGCUCUGGUGGACUUCAUUGUGGCAAGAGGAACUGAUGACCACAUUCAGUCCAUCAUCAGUGGACAAAAAAAAUCAACAGUGGCUUGACACUUUUUCCAAGUGUUCCAUAAAGAAAGUGCCUGUGCCAUUGUUCAUUGAAGAUCAGGAACAAAUUGAUAUUAUCUACACUCACCUGACUUCAAUUCUGAACAGUACACCCACACACACCCACAGUGACCAGAUCAGAUUUAUUAUGGAUGUCCUUUUUCCAGAGUCCAUCAUCUGUGCUCUUGCUGUUGUGGAACAUGUGUCCAUCUUGGAGGCUGAGGGAGAAAUUCCUGCGAGGACCUGUCAUUGA